GACCUUGAACAAGUCAGAUGUCAUCUUUCUCUUUUUUCAUCUCCAGUCACUGCUUCGACCGCCUGUGAGAAAUUAGAGAAAGCCAGGAAUGAGUUGCAAGCAGCUUAUGAAGGAUUUGUCCAGAAGCUGAACCAGCAGCACCAGACGGAUCUCACCGAGCUAGAGAAUCGGCUCAAAGAGUUCUACACCGAGGAGUGUGAGAAGCUCCAGAACAUUUACAUCGAAGAAGCAGAGAAGUACAAAACUCAGCUGCAAGAGCAGUUUGACAACUUAAGUGCUGCCCAUGAAACCUCGAAGCUGGAAAUUGAAGCUAGCCACUCAGACGAAGUGGAAUUACUGAAGAAGGCCUAUGAAACCUCCCUUUCAGAAAUCAAGAAAAGCCAUGAAUUAGAAAAGAAAUCACUUGAGGAUUUGCUUUCUGAGAAGCAGGAAUCCCUAGAGAAACAAAUCACUGAUCUGAAGAGUGAAAAUGAGGCUUUAAAUGAAAAGCUGAAAUCAGAAGAACAAAAAAGACUCUCAAGAGAGAAAGCGAAUUUAAAAAACCCUCAGAUCAUGUACCUGGAGCAGGAGCUGGAGAGCCUGAAGGCCGUGCUGGAGAUCAAGAACGAGAAGCUGCACCAGCAGGACGUGAAGCUGAUGAAAAUGGAGAAGCUGGAGGACAACAACACAGCGCUGGUCGACAAACUGAAGCGAUGUCAGCAGGAGAACGAGGAGUUAAAAGCUCGGAUAGACAAACACAUUGCAAUUUCAAGGCAACUGUCCAACGAGCAGGCCACCCUGCAGGAGUGGCUGGAGAAGGAGUCGAAAGUCAACAAGCGCCUGUCCAUGGAGAACGAGGAGCUGCUGUGGAAGCUGCACAACGGGGACCUGUGCGGCUCCGACAGGUCCCCCACGUCCCCCGCCAUCCCCUUCCAGUCGCCGCGCAAUUCCGGCUCCUUCCCCAGCCCCAGCGUGUCGCCCAGAUGACACUUCUGCACGCGGGAGACUGUCAGAGAGCACCGUCACAGGUCCGCAGGGCUGACCCUCACCGUGGUCCAGGGAUCAAGAGCCACGUGGGCCGACGUGUCAUUACCGCCCUAGAACUGGAAAGUCUUGACCCCCUGCAUCGGCUCCCUGCGAGACCGGCGCUCAGGGGGAACACGUGGCUCUCUGGCCAAGGGACUCCUCCCCAAAGGAUUUCAGAAUCGAUCUGCACGGACAUUUGCACAAAGCACUUAAAGAACAUUGCCUUUUCCACGUAAGCAUAAGGGGAAAAACUCUCAGGGGCCUCUUAAGAUAAAGAUUUAUAACCUUUAUAAUGUUCUUCGCCACAGGCACCUUCUUGUGAUUUUUAUUUGGGGGACGUGUGAAUAAAAGGGAUGUAGCGAGUGUCCUGUGUCUGAUGCUGCCUCCUUUGCUGUGUUCUGCAAGUCAAAAGCUGCGUAUUUCCGGGUCUGUACUAAUCAGCUAAGUCAGUGUAUGCAUCUCUGCAAAAAGCCAUAGAAGGAAGAGCAAUCGUUGCUUGAAUGAUGACGCUCUCUGCCACCCACUCCGCUCCACCCUUUGACACGGGGUGGGGUGGGGAGUGACAGGAAGCGUUCCGACUGGUCCGUGUCUGUGCAGUGUCUGUAUCCUUUGGAAGUUUCUUGGCAUUCUUUCAGUGUUCAGCCAUGUCGGUUAAAAUUAACAAGUUUGUGUGUUUUUUUCUGUAGACUUUUAACGUUCCCAUGUGAACCUAACAUUUUACUACGAUCCAUUUUCUCAGGCUACGAGCAAAUGUAAAACCCAAAUUUUUCUAAAAUUCUGUAUAAAGAAAAGGGGCGGCAGCAGUGGAUUGCUCCUGCCUUAUGUUUACCGUGACCUAAGCUGUCCUCACUGAUGUCAACUAUUGUCUUCUCCCCUGAUCCUCGCCUCCUCCCUUUCCUUCCUUCCCCCAGCCAGAGCCACAAAGGCAACCCUCCUACCUCCUUCCUAUUGUUCUCUGGGACAAGGAUAGUGGCAUAUGCUUUUCCAGAGCCAGCUCAUCCUCAAGGUGCUGACACCACGCUCCAAAUAAGCCACAGCCUGGACCUGAGAGUACAAGUUUUGGGAAACCCUAGAAGGAAUAAAGAACGAGAGAGUCAUUGGCUCAUGUUUAUCGAUGAACAGGAGUACCUUGAUGAAACCAACGAUGCAGCAUUUCAUAGAAGAUAACGCCAAGUUCCCAUGUACCCUUUGAGGAACCCGUCUGUCUUUGGGGAGGUAGAAUGGCCAGCUUCCGAGUAGAAAAUGUGGCUUUUCCUACUCGUAGGACUCUCCUCCAGGUUGCAUUUCAGUUUCUCUUCCAAACUUCACGUAUUACCUCCCCCAGUUCUCAUACUUUGGGGGAGGGGGGAGGAAGCACUGUGGCUUCCCCCACCCUGCCCCCCUUGCAUGUGUCAACAUGGUGAUGUCAGUAUUUACUAAUCUGCAUCGCUGACGUUUGAUGGCUGGACAAAUAGACCCAUGAUAAGAACAGGUUCAGGAUACUAGAGGGGGGUCUUUGAGUCAUCAUUACAUGUACAUUACAUAGCAAAUUAAUAUUCAUGAUGCAUGGUGUUUUCUUUUUAAUUAUUAGUGGUUGUGUCUGAAGUCUAAGCUUCACUAGUGUAGUGUGUAUGUUACCUUCCGUGUGUGCUUCUGAUGAACGGGAAUAGGCCCGCUGCCACCUUCCGAGAUCUCUCUCUGCUUACCCUUUCCAGUUGUGCUCAGUGUCAUUAGCCGAGGUUGGAUUUGCCACCCGUGCCCGCGCAUGGUAAAUCUCGUGCUGAUCCCUGCUCUCCUCCAUACCCUUUAGGUGUCCGGGGAAAUCAAUCUUACACAGUUAGUAUAAAGUGUCUUCAGAGACAACUGGAGGGAAGGUAGGAAACAACAUGGAGAACCUGAAGAUUGUUUUCAAACCAAAUGUUUCAUGUGGGAUGUACAAUGUUGGCACGUCGUACCGUGUACGGAUGUGUAAAAACUGUAAUUGUGCCCAGUUUGUAAUGAUGCAAAGUGUAUUUUUACCCUGAUUAAAUAAACAAUGCUGGAAUAUUUAA